CCCGCGGACUGAGGAGGAAGGGGAUCCUGGAGGGGGAGGUGGCCGUCCGGAAUCUAGGCGACGGGGCGAGACGGGGUCGGUAGGUGGCGGGAGGGGGCCGGGCCGGAGCCGGCGGGAGGGCCAGGCCCGGAGGCCCCCCCCCUGGCGUGCCCGCCCCGGCCGCGGCUGAGGAGGAGGAUGUCCAGAUACACUCGGAAGGCCGUGCCACAGAGCUUGGAGCUGAAAAGAAUAACAAAACACGCUGUAAAUCAUCACCCCCUUCCAGAGCAGCUGGAUGACAUCAUCCCUACCAAUGGCAGCCAUGAGAAAGACACCAGUUCUCAAAGUGAAUCUGACUUCACACAAGAAUCACCUUCUACAUCAUCUGACACUGGGAAUUCCACGUCUGCUUUUCCAAGUUACACAGGCACAGGGAUCUCUACUGAAGGCAGCUCGGACUUCUCCUGGGGAUUUGGUGAACUCGACCAAAAUGCCACAGAGAAGGUCCAGGCGAUGUUCACAGCCAUCGACGAGCUCUUGUACGAGCAGAAGCUGAGUGUGCACACCAGGAGUCUACAGGAAGAGUGCCAACAGUGGGCAGCUAGCUUUCCUCACCUCAGGAUCCUGGGUAGGCAGCUCAUCACGCCAAGUGAAGAGGGCAGCCUGUACUCCAGAUUCCCCUCCGUUACUUCAGCUUCACGCGAGGCAUCCUUGCCUCAAGAAAGAGAUUCGACUAUAUUUGGCAUAAGAGGAAAGAAGUUAAAUUUUUCAUCUUCUUGUGCUCCUAAAGCAUCUUCCAUUGCCAAAUCUAGCACGCGUGCUUCAGAAAGAGAAGAGGAAGACUGUAUAAUCUUCUCGGAGGGAAUCAUUGAAGAAUACCUCGCAUUUGACCGCACAGAUCUGGAGGAGGGAUGUGAUGGAGAGGGCUCAGGAGGAGCUGCAGAGAAGCAGAGACUAGGGUACCCUCCCGUUGCCCCGCUGCACUGCAUGAGAGACGAUGUGCUUGCUCACGUGUUUGACAGCGCGUGGAGCAAGGUUGUGGGCUGCGUGGAGCAGCUGACACGGACUCACUGGGAGGGCUUUGCUUCUGAUGAUGACAGUAAUGUUGCAGUCACCAGACUGGACUCUGAAAGUCCCUGUGUGCUGAGUCAGCUGCAGCCUUUGGUGUUACCUCGCAUGCCACAGUGUAAGAGACAGUCCGUCACUUCCAAUGCGACGAGUCUCUGUCAAGCAAGUGGUUAUCAGCCAAAUGUGAAUGGGCUCUUGGUUCACGGGAUGCCUCUACAGCCAAGAAAUCUAUCCCUGAUUGACAAGCUCCUAGAUCUUGAUGACAAGCUACUUACGAGGCCUGGGUCCAGUACCAUCCUUUCCAUCCGAAACUGGCCAAAUCGAUCCAUGGAGCUUAGUACGUCUUAUCUGUCCUACACAGUGCAGUCUGCCAGGAGACGUCACCCCCCGCCUCGCACCCUUCAUCCCAUCAGCACAAGCCAUUCAUGCACCGGGACUCCAAAACCUGCGGAGGAAGUCUUCAGAGGAUCCUGGGUCCCCAUGGCGGCCGACUCACUCUCCUCACCCUCGCCACUACCCCUCAGUCGAAAUAAUCUGCUGCCACCUAUCGGCACCUCUGAGGUGGAACAUCUGAGCCCAAUGGGGUCACAAACGCCAACGAAACCCCUUGGUGAUUCAAAUCGAGCUCGAAGUGCAGUGGUGGAUGAACCCAACCAUCAGCAGCCCCAGGAGAGGCUCCUUUUACCUGACUACUUCUCCAGGCCCAACACAACCCAGUCAUUUUUGCCAGACACGCAGUACUGUCGCUCGUUUGCAAUCGAGUACCCUCACAGAGCCCGACCUGGCCGGGGAUCUGCAGGGCCUCAGCUGCAUGAAUCCACAAAAUCUCAGAGCAGAGGUGGAGCUGUCCCCAGAACCAGACAGGGACCCUAGGACCCACGAGAGGAACCACCCGGCCAUGGGACACGUGGAGGGAAGCUUUCAGGAGUCAGUGUUCAGUCACCGAGUGACGCAGAGCUCACAAGAUCAAUCCCAACAAUCAGAAGAGCUAUUUU